CAGCGCGCCGCCCUUUGACGUCAUACGAAGGUGCCACCGGGUAUUUCAAAAUAAGCUCCUUGUACCAUUGCGCCAAGCGGCAGGAUGGUUCGUUCGGUGCCUCGGGCUGCUAUUAGAGCCGCUAUAAAGAAACGGCUUCCCGAUCUUCGUCUGGAGACUAACGUGGACCUGCUGAUCUAUUUAAACUGCGUGCUGUUUCUCCAAAGAUUGGCUACAGAAGCUCGACUAAAGGCUAUUGAGGAGCGAUGCUCUGUGAUCAAGCCAUCGCAUAUCAAAGCUGUGACAAAGAUGGUCCUGAAAAUGUCAAGAGGUUGAAAAUCAACUCUGGAUUGUAAAAUAAGAUGCCUCUGGAUAACAACAUCAUCUUGAAAACUGAUUUAUUUUCUUUACAGUUAAUUUUGAAUCUUUGGUAUCUGUAUAUGUUUUAUUUAUGAAUAGCCUGCAGUGUAGAUGAAAUAUGCCAUAGUCAGCUAAGCAAUAAUGCACUGUAUUUUAUUAUAAAGGUCUUGGUUUUUAUGUAUGUUUAUGUACAGCAAUAUGUGUAAAUUUUUUAAUUAAACAUUGUAGUUAACAUCA